GUGGCGGUUAUAUCGUCAACACUUUUGGAGCAUCUUAUGCUCGUUGUCAAAUAAACUGUCAUAAUCAUUUUAUAUUAUAUUUUUCGAUUUAACAUGGAUAGUGAUUACUAUCCUACCAUGUAUGCAUGGUUCGACAAAUGCGGAAUUAUAUCGAAUAUUAGAACAUACCUGCGCCAAAAUUUAGUGAACGCUUUGAAGGGUAAAGAUUUGGGACUAUGUCAGAGCAGAGAGGUGAAAUCUGCAAAGCAGUAUGUUUACGAUAUGUUAAUAGCAGAGUAUCUAUUUAAUCACAAUUAUUCCUUUACUCUGUCGAUAUUUGCUAGUGAAGUUCCACUUUUAGUAAACUUUUAUAACAAUAUGCUACAUCGCUCUGAUGGCAAUGACAAAGAUGGCAAAGAUGGUAGUAAGCAUAAGUUGCAGAGCGAUUAUAUAGAACAUACCUUGGAAACAUUGGGCAUUGAUCCAAAAAAGCCUGAAGGUCAACACAUCAUAUCAAGUUAUUUGAACAGUGAGACACCUCUGUUGUUAUCUAUCUUAAAUUAUAUAAACUUUUCUACCGUCAAUACUCAAUCUUCAGUCAGAGAAGACCCUCUGUAUGACAAGGAAAUACAAGCUAAUUUAGCCCUGGAAGCAAAUAUUAUAGAUACAGCAAAAAUACGAACAAUGAGAAGAAAAAUUAUACAGCAGAAACAAUUGUAUGAUGAUGAAUUAAGGACAAAGGAGAGCAAGUUGAAACAGCAAGCUUCUGUCAUAAAACAUCAACUUAGUUCUCUGAAUGUAAAAUUGGAAGAAGCUCAGAAUUUAAUGCAGUCUUUGACACUGAAAGAAAAACAAUUGAAUGAGAAGAGAGACAGUGAGGCACGAAACAUUUUACAGAAGGAAAUAGAGUUGUCUAUGAGACAGAAUUUUUUAACACAAGAAGCUAACAGAUUGCAGAAAGAACGGAACAGUUACAGGAAAUUUGAGGAUGAUUUGAAGAAACUUCAACGAGAGCUAGUGAAGAUGCAGAAAGAACUGUCGCAAGGCGCGCAAAACCAAUGCGGCCAAACGACGAGUGUCAGAAAUAUUCACGUGCAAACUGACUUGGAGAACUGUACGUUAAUGGACGAGUGCAAAGCACUGCAGAGAGAGAAACUGGAACUGUCGAAUCUUGUGCAGGAGCAACGAUCCAGAAUAGAGCAGAUCACUCUGCGAAGCGUACAGCUGUCGCGUCAAUUGGAGGAAAUGCGUUCGCUGCGAUCUAUCGUCGACGUUGAAGUGCCGGUUUCUGUAACCGGAGUCGGCGCGAAUGUGAUCGUUAGUGAGAGCAGUUCCACAGAAGAUAUCUUACAGGACGCUAAGAUGAGGCUAAAACGUUUGGAAGAGGAGAGCUCGAAAGCCGAUCAGUAUUUCUGCAGUUUUGUCAGCACAUCUUCGUAGCGAAUAAGAUAACUGAAACUUCGUUGAAGUUUCGUGAAGUUUGUUUAUUAUUUAUUGUCGCCGUAUUAUGCA